GGUAACGAGAACAGGUGUCAAAUAAGCCCAGCAGGUAAAACGACUGGCUGGCAACACCGUCGUUAUCAUGCUAGUGGCUACCUCGAGGGCGGUGUGGCGCGGCCUGUCCUCCGCCCACUCAAGCCUCACCCGGCCCCCACUAAGCACCAUGGCAGCCACAGUCCCUUCCAUCACGCUUAAUAAUGGCAAGAAGUUCCCCGUCCUCGGCCUUGGCACUUGGAAGUCCAAGCCUGGCGAGGUGACUCAGGCUGUCAAGGAUGCCAUCGCGUGUGGGUACCGUCACAUUGACUGUGCUUAUGUGUAUGGCAAUGAAGCUGAGGUGGGUGCUGGCAUCAAGGCAAAGAUUGACGAUGGCACUGUUAAGAGGGAAGAUCUAUUCAUCACCAGCAAGUUGUGGAACACCUUCCACAGCAAGGCCCUGGUGGCCCCUGUCCUCAAAGAAUCUCUCACCAACUUGGGACUUGACUAUUUGGACCUUUACUUGAUUCACUGGCCGAUGGGAUACAAGGAGGGAGUUGGCUCGUUCCCCAAAGAUGAAAAUGGGAAGUUUUUGUACAAUGAUGUUGACUACUUGGAGACAUGGAGUGGGUUUGAGGAGCUGGUUGAUCUUGGACUGGCUCGAAGCAUUGGCAUAUCCAAUUUCAAUGCAGAACAGAUUCAGAGGAUAUGUGACAAUUGUCGCAUUAGGCCAGCAGUCCACCAGAUUGAAUGCCAUCCUUACCUGAACCAGAAGAAAAUGAUUGAUUACUGUCGCUCCAAAGACAUCGUCGUGACUGCUUACAGUCCUCUUGGAUCACCUGACAGACCCUGGGCUAAGCCUGGCGAGCCCCAGCUUAUGGAUGACCCCAAGAUAGUGGCCAUUGCUGAGAAGUAUAAGAAGACUCCUGCUCAAAUCCUUAUCCGUUACCAGAUCCAGCGUGAUGUGGUUGUCAUCCCCAAGUCUGUUACAAAGUCCCGCAUUGAGAGCAACUUCCAGGUGUUUGACUUCACACUCUCUGAUGAAGACAUGAAGACCAUUGACUCGUUUGACUGCAACGGCCGAUUACUGCACCUCGACUGGGUGAAUGACCACAAGGACUACCCAUUCCACACUGAGUUUUAGGCCAACAAUGCUGCAAGUGAGCAUGAAGUAUCUGAUAAGGUGAAGACACAGUUUCUUGCAGAUGUAUUAAUAGAUUGUUUGAUUUUACUAAAGUAUAUUAUCUUUCCUCAAGAAGUUGUCAUGACUAAAUUAUUUAUUAGCCUUUGUAAGGAUUUUUCUUUUCUCAUAAGGAGUUAUUGUUCAAGAUUGUCAAAAUAUCUUAAAAAGACAUUUUCAUUCCUUAAAGUGUUGGCCACACAAAAGCACAAGUUUGUGAUGGUUAAGAUUUCUUUGUGCCAUCGUCUUCCUUUUGAUAAGGAAUCAUUAGUUUAUUACUGUAUUGUUGCUUGACCUGAGUUGUUGAACCAAUGUGAUUAUUUGUCAUCAUGAAGGGAAGCUGUUCACUGAAGAUUUGUUAUGCCUGAAAUAUAAGCAAACACUGA